AUGGCGUCCCAGACCCCAGCACUCCCACAAUCCUUCACUCCAGGGACUGACAGCGUCUUCUCUGACCUGUCUGGCUUCUACUCUCUGGACUCCAACGUGCCUGGACUCUCUAAGGUGAUUCUCAACAAGCUCAACAUGAAGGACUAUGGAGAAUACAGGGCUGCUGUUGAGGGAAAGACUAAAGGAAUCUCAUUCCGCAACUACAAGGAGAUGUUCCAGAAGAUGGAAGAAACCUUCACGUUCUGCACCGGCUGCAACAAACUCCCUGAACAUCUCAGUGAGGGACACUCCCUGAAACGCUGUGUGAAGUGUUUGAAUGUUUACUACUGCACUAAGGACUGCCAGAGGAAGGACUGGCCUCAGCAUAGAAAGGUCUGCAAGACCCUGCGACUGGUGGCCAUUGACAGACUAGUGGAGUGGCUGAUGUUCACAGGAGAUCUCCCAUUUCCUACUGAGACGUGGUCAAAGACAGCUGCUGAGGUGAAGAGCUGGGACGACUGGCUUCCCAUGCAGGGAGACCUCGCUCAACAUCUGGACAAACUCCUAUCUAGUGCCCACAUGGAAACGCUUUGGAAGAAUGUCAGCAGACCGAAGCCCGAUGAUGAUGAUUUGAGACAGUCCUUGUGGCGAAUUCAGAGCGAGUUUCUCUCUCGGGUUCUCACAGUUGGAAUGGCCAUACAACACUGUGGCUUGGACCCGUUUGCAAAACCCAUCACGGUUCACCUAGCAGGGGCGUCCCACAGCGAGACAAUGGGAGCCAGACUGACUGAUUACGAUGAGCUGAACCACAUGUUCCCAGGACACCAAGGCAUAGAGGUAGUGAUGGUGGGACCAGAGGUGGUGGAUGGCCCCAUCGUGAGACCUCCUUUGAGAGCCUUUGGCCCCAAGCAGAAGGUCUUCCUCAGCGCCUACAAAGGUCUCUACCACCAGUUCUGGGAGGAUGUGUUGGAGAAGGAGGAGGCCGCCAAACCAGACCUGGUGGUUGGAUUUCAUCCAGGUUUCCAUGCCAACCAGGGUCUGGUUGAAGGUUGGCUACCUUCUCUUCUGCUGCUCAGGGACUAUAACAUCCCCUGUUUAUUCACCAUGUACAGUGAAACAGAGCUGAGGUAUUCCCUGCAGAUCCUGCUGGAGCUGGAGAUGCACAUCAGACAGAGCGGACCCAGUCCGUUCACCUCACAGAAACCCGAACAGGUCCAAGCCUGUCCCAACAAACCCCCCGUCUACUGCAACUCUUAUUACGUCUGUUUCCAGGGGCUGCUGCCGCAGGAGGACUGCGAGGGGCCAGGUGCACAGUUAACAGAGCACCAUUAA